AUGCCCACGUGUCCUGCCCUCCAGGUUGCGCGCCCACCUGGCACCCGGUGCCCAGCGGCUGGUGCCCGGGCGACGUGUGCAAGCUGCCCUUCCUGCCCCUGGGUGGGUGGUGCGCGGAGCGCGACUGACAGCUCGGGGGAUGAGGGGGUGGGGGGAGGCCCUCGCACCCCUGACCCGGGGCUGGGACGAGCUGCGGGCGCUCCUGGGGCUCUCCGGGCGAGGACCCCCGCACCCCCCGACUCCCGCCCCGCGCGCGGACUGACAGCCGCUCCCGCUGUCCGCGCCGGGCCCCGGGCCAGUCCCUCCCCGCCGGCCCGGCCCCAGCGGCCGGCGCGCCCCUCCGCCCCCCGCCACCCCCCGUGCCAGGCAGCCCCCCGGGGCUCCGCAGCUUCCCGCGCCGGCGCCCCCGCGCCCGGGGGGCCCCUCGGCGCCCCAGCCGCGGCCGCAGAGGAGGUGGCCGGGGCGCCGGGCCGCGCGGGCACACCAGGGCCGCGGCCGCGCUCGGGGCGCAGACAGGCCGCGGGGCGGGCCGGGCCCGCGGGGGGAGCGCGGCGGCCGCAGCUGCGGGGCCCGGGCCGGGGCGCGGGGCGCGGGGCGCGGGGCGCGGGGCCGGCACCUACCUGCGGCGCGGCGCGCGCGGCCCGCUCAGUCCCUCGCCGCCGCCAUGUUUCCGCGCGCCGGGAGCGGGCGGGGGCUCCUGCCCCGCCCCCGCCGCCCGGCCACUCCCGCGCGGGGGUCCCCGACCCCGGCCGCCCCGCCCCGCCCCCGCCCCGCCGCGCCGCGCCGGCUCCCGCCGAGGGCUACAGCGAGGGACUCCGCUCUGCGCACCCCCGCCGGGGCUUGGAGUGGGGGGUGGGGGGUGGGGGGCAGCGCCGGGGUCCGGCGCGGGCAGGUGCGGGGAGAGGACCGACCCCCCGAUCGCGACCCCCCGCGAGGUUGUAUUUACCCCACCCCCCACCCCCGCCCCACCACCCCACCCCUCUUUGGGUCUCGGUCCCGCAGACUGAGUGGACGCACGCGGGGCGCGGCCUGGACGCGGAUCCCCGCGCAGCCGUGCGGGGCAGCACCCAGGGCGCGUGUCUCCUGGCCGUCCAGCGCAGACCCCUGCACCCCUCCCGCUCUCCGACCGCCGACCCCCGAGCCCAGGUGCGCGGCCCGGGUCCAGCGCCCGCCGGGUGA